CAGUGCACGCCGAUUGGCUCAUUGUUACACAGUUUUCCUGGCGAUUGGUUCAUGGGAGUGCGUCAGGUCUCAAUAGAGCCUGAACCUUUGUAACCGAGGGGUGGAAUGAAGUUUGCAGGCAAACUUUGACAAGAGACGCAUAUUUGGACAUCUGGACAAGUGCACUGGGCUUAGUUACUGGUACACUGGAACUAUGAAAAGUUUAAAACAGCGACUUAAGAAAAACGAGAGUACAGAAUGGGGAAAGUAUGAUGAGCGUCUGAUGAAGGCAGCAGAGAAUGGAGAUAUAGAGAAACUCACAGCCACACUCAAGAAAGGAACCAGCCCGACCAAACUAGACCCAGAGGGCCAUUCUUCGUUUCAUGUUGCUGCUAGCAAAGGCCUCGUCAAUAGUCUAAAUGCUUUCCUGGAAAACGGUGUCAAUGUGAAGGCCGCAGAUGCUGCUGGUAAAACAGCUUUGCAUCUGGCUGCAGCAGGAGGUCAUUCCAUGUGUGUGCAGAGACUGCUGCAGUGUAAAUGUCCUGUUGACAGCACAGACCUGCAGGGCCGUACAGCUUUGCAUGAUGCAGCAUAUGUAGGCUGCAAAACCGCCAUCAAAAUGCUCUGUGACAGCGGUGCAUCUAUUGAUGCUGUCGAUGCGGAUGGUAGAUCGCCUUUGUUGCUUGCCGCUAAGGUGAGCCAACCAGGAGCGUGCCAGAUGCUCGUGCAAUAUGGAGCACGCACUGUUCUUCGAGACAAGCAAAACAAGACUGCACUCAUCUUAGCUUGUGAGAGCUCUUGUAAAGAAGCAGUGGAGAUUCUCCUGAAGACUAAGGCAGAUGUUUCUGCUGUGGACCUUCAUGGCCAUGAUGCUUACCACUACGCCAGACUAAGUCAGAAACAAGACUUGAUCACACUUGUACAGCAUGCCUUGGAAACAACCACUAAAGCUAAAGAAACUGCCACUGUUUCACAGAAGAUCCAACAGCAGGCUAAACCUCCAUCAGCAGGGACUGGCCGGACCAAAGCAGGAUCCGUAAAGAUUGAAAAACCUUUGUCAGAGCCAAUAACAAGGGAACAUGGCAGUCACUCCACUGAAGGAAAAGGUGCCAAACAAAAUCAUAAUCUGGAGUCUACACAGGUCAGGCCUGUACAGUCAGUUCCUGUGCCAGUGAGAUCUGUUCCAAUGGAGUUAUUGCCCGGUGAGGUGGAGGCCCUUAAGAGAGAGCUAAGAGAUUCACGAAGAAGGCAAGAAGCAGCUGAGGCAGAGGUGCACAGGCUGGAUGCAACGCUGGUUCUGCGUGCUCAGGAGUAUGAAGGACUGAGGAGAAGCAGCGAGCAAGCUCUGCAUGCAGCCCAUAACCGGUCGUGGGAGCUGGAGGAGGCCCUGGGCGAGGUGCAAAGAAGGAUGGCCGGCUCAGAAACCCGAGUAAGACAGAUGCAAGCUCAUCUAGUGGCCGUCAGGGAGCACCUGGUGGAAGAGCUGAGAGUCCAGCUCCAAGAGGUCAAAGGUCAGCGGGAGGCAGCCGUAGCUGAACUGGGGAGGAUGCAAAAGGAGCUCACCCAGAGCAGGAGGGAGGUGGAGCAGCAGAAGGAAAAGCAAAGCUCCUUAAUGCAGGAACUCAGUCGGCUUUCCCACGAGCUUCUCAGCAGAGAAGAGCAAAUAAACACACUGAGGACCAGGUUAGUGGAAGUGGAGACACAGCAAGCUGAAAUGCUGUGUAAAGAAGCUCAGACUCCAUCAGAAUGGUGCUCCACUCAUGAGAAGAGCACCAUGACUGACCUCACUACAAAAGCCAGUGAACCAACCGUAGAUCUGGAGAACUACAUUACCAAGAAUGAGCACACAGUCAUUACUAGCUCACUCAAAGAUGCACUGCAACAGGCUGAAACCAAAGCAAACGAGGCUCUACAGAAGUACAAAAGUGCCCAGGAGGAGAACCAGAGCCUGCUGAGGGAACUUCAAGAACAAAAGACUGAGCUGGACACUAUCCAGGAGGCUCUGCAGGCCAGGUUUGUUCCUGUUGCCUUGAUGGAGGAAAAAGAGAAAGAGGUGCAGCGACUCAAACUGGCCCUUGAAGAGAUGGAGAAGCGACAAAAACAGGCCAGUGUGAACAUCUCAAACAUAAAGGAUGAGGCUGUUCAGACAGAAGAACACAGGCAGCCGUGCACAAGUGAAGUACAGCAUAACCAAGUAUCUUCUUCUACAGGGAGUGACAGAGCAGAAUGUGAAGACACUAGAAUUGAAGUGAAAAGUGUGCAGCCAACUGGAAUAGAAAGCAGAAGUAACACAACUGAAGACCAGGGGAGCACAUCGCAAGAUCAAGAUGAAAAGUCAUCAAUGCAGCAUGAGGGACAGAGGUUGUCUCAGGUCACCGUGUCAGAGCCAAUCAGCUCCUGCGAACCAUCACAGUCUGACAGCUCCCUCCAGGCUCAGAUCCACAGCCUACAACAGCAGCUAGAGGACUGUGAAAAACAUUACAGACAUGUGCUUGCAAUAUACCGAACACGGUUGCUCAGUGCAGCACAGAAUUUUUGUUUUUUGUUUUGCAGGGGUACAUGGAUGAAGAGGCCAGAGUUGCUCUGCUUCAGAUUGCCAAGAUGAGAGAGGAGUGUGUGUGUUGAGCAUUCAGUGUACUGCUGUUCCUGAAUAUGUGUGUGUGUGUGUGUGUGUGUGUGUGUGUGUACUCUACUGCUCAAGGCGUGGGGUCUGUGAGAUUUUUGAAAGAAGUCUUAUGUGUGCCAAGGCUGCCUUUAUUUGAUAAAAACCCAGUAAAAACAGCAAUAUAGUAAAAUUCUAUUUUAUUUUUAAAUAUAUUUUAAAUAUAUUUUUUGUGUAUUGCCACUACUAAAUUUUGAGUAGCUGUUACUCCAGUGUUCAGUGUCAUGUGAUCCUUCAGAAAUCAUUUUAAAAUGCGGAUUUGGUUCUCAAGAAACAUUUCUUAUUAACAAUGUCAACAGUUGUGCUGCUUAAUAUGUUUGUGAAAACUGUGAUACAUUUGCUUUUCAGUUCAAAGUUUAAAAGUUAUAUAGUUCUAUGUUAGUAACUAAUUAUUUUACUGAAAAAAUACAUUUAGUGUAAUUUAGGUUUUAUAUGUUGUCUUUUAUUAUGAAAUGUCUUGUGAAAGUUAACCAUGGUUCUUUACAACUAAUUUAAUCGACAAAUAAACUAUAAAAUACUGAAAUGUAGCUCUGUAGUUCUAGACAUAUAUGCAGCGAGUGGGGUGGCAGAUUACUGAUGUAAUGUUAAUGUUAUUUUUUAUGAUUUUGGAACGAACACAACACAGAUUAUGUCUGUGUUGUUUAAAGAGGUAAAAAGAAGAUACAUGUUAAAAAAUAGAAAAAUAAACUGCCCCAUUGACGAUGUGAA